CAUCUUAAAUUCUGGCACGUUGAUGCAACUACAUAGGAAUCCGCUACUGAUUGCUGUAGCCUAACGCAAUAUUUAUACAAUAAAGCUCAGUUGAUAACACUUCUGACUUUAGUUCGCUAAACGAACGAAAUGGCUACACCAGAAAAAUUACAGAACCACCAAACUAAUCGAAGGAGAACAUCGUUUAUCUUCCAGUACCUUCCUGAAAUAUUGCCUGAAAAAGCUUUAUCCGAAAGAGGACGGAGAAAGGAAGUUGAAAUUUAAAACCUGCAGCGGUACACGUCCGCUCAUGGAAAGGGGAGAGUUUUUAGGAGGGGAAGUUAAGGAUAGCCCCUUUUCCUGACUGCUGACGCGGCCAGCGGCUGUAAGCAAAGUAGUGUAGUUCAAGAGUGUGGAUGUAGCUGCUUGUAACGAUGUUGUUUUGGAUUCUCUUUAUUGGAGCGAUCACCAGGAUAGACUGUUACUUUUCUGAAGAGAAAAACCCCGAAGAAUCGAAAGUGCAGCCGCCUACAGUCGUGAUUGCAAUUAUCGCAAGAAACGCUGCACAUUCGCUUCCAUACUAUCUUGGAGCUCUGGAGAGGCUUGACUAUCCCAAAAAUCGAAUCUCGAUAUGGGCUGCAACUGAUCACAACAUCGACAACACCACCGCGGUUCUGCGGGAGUGGCUGACCAUCAUGCAGAGGUUCUACCACUACGUGGAGUGGAGGCCCAUGGACAAACCCACGUCGUACCCCGGGGAACUGGGCCCCAAACACUGGACCAACGGCAGGUACGAGUACGUCAUGAAGCUCAAGCAGGCGGCGCUCAACUUCGCCAAGAGACGCUGGGCUGACUACAUCUUGUAUGCAGACACGGACAACAUCCUGACCAACCCAAAAACACUCAGCCUCAUGGUGGCAGAAAACAGGUCUGUUAUCGCGCCCAUGAUGGACUCCCAGACGGCAUACUCCAACUACUGGUGUGGCAUCACCCCUCAGGGAUACUACCGGCGCACUGCCGAGUACUUCCCCACCAAGCACCGGCAUCGCCUCGGCUGCUACCCUGUUCCCAUGGUGCACUCCACCAUGCUGCUGGACCUGCGCAAGCAGGGCACCAAGAAGCUGGCCUUCCACCCUCCCCACAAAGACUACUCCUGGCCUUUUGACGACAUCAUCGUCUUUGCCUUCUCCUGCCGCGUCUCAGAGGUGCAGAUGUAUCUGUGCAACAAAGAGCGCUACGGCUACGCGAAUGUUCCUACGAAGCCCCACCAGACCAUCGAGGACGACCGGAUCAACUUUGUUCAUCUGCAGCUGGAGUCCAUGAUUGAUGGGCCACCCAUGCACCCCUCACGGUAUUCACAUUUACUGCCCAAACAAAGAGACCUCAUGGGCUUUGAUGAGAUAUACCUGAUCAAUCUGCGGCGCCGUCCAGACAGACAGGAGAGGAUGCUGCGCUCUCUCAACGAGCUGGAGAUCGACGUGAAGGUGGUGGACGCUGUGGACGGAGGAGCUCUUAACAGCAGUGAGAUCAAGCUCUUGGGUGUGGACCUCCUGCCCGGAUACUUCGACCCUUUCUCCGGCCGCACCCUGACCAAGGGAGAGGUGGGCUGCUUCCUCAGCCACUACUUCAUCUGGAAGGAGAUAGUGGACAUGCAGCUGGACACGGCGCUGGUAUUCGAGGACGACAUACGUUUCCAGGGCAACUUCAAGCGGCGGCUCCUGCGCCUGAUGGACGAGGUGGCGAAGGUGGAGCUGGACUGGGACAUCAUAUACCUGGGUCGGAAGCAGGUGAAGCCGGGCGACGAGGUGGUGGUGGAGAACGUGCGGAAUCUGGUGGUGGCGGACUACUCCUAUUGGACGCUUUCCUACAUGAUCUCUCAGCAAGGGGCGCAGAAACUGCUCAACGCUGAACCUCUCUCCAAGAUGCUGCCGGUAGACGAGUUCCUGCCCAUCAUGUACGACAAACACUCAAAUGAGGAGUAUAAGGCCCAUUUCCAAAACCGGAAUCUGCAGGCGUACUCAACGCACCCUCUGCUGGUGCAGCCGUGCCACUACGCCGGAGACCCGGAGUGGGUGAGCGACACCGAGACCUCCACCAUCUGGGACGACGACUCCGUGCGGACGGACUGGCGCGGCUCCUUCAAGACCCUGAAGGGCUCCUCCCCGCCCGCGGGGCUGCAUAGCGCCUACCGCGACGAGCUCUAACCCCGCGAGGCGCGGGGAAACGGACAAACGUCUGCAUACUUCAGCGUCAGCAGGCACUGCAUUCCUUCCACUAACGCCAGUGCUGGGGGGUCUGGAGGGUAGGAGUCCCGCACCUGCUCUCCAGCGCAGCCUAGAAGCUCCUGACCUCCCCCUCUCACUCUCAUUGGUGUGAGGUGUGAGCACAGGCCUCAGGUGCUGGAGAUCAGUGCACCUGGAAUCAAGAGCCCCAUCUCCCGGGGGGAAAGCGUGUGUGACGUCUGUGCGUGUCUCUGCGCACAGGGGACUGCUUUUCUGUUGUUUGUGCUGAUUGUUUGUGCUGUGUGUGUCUCUCCUGCUUCCUGGCCUCCUUCCCGAGUGUAUCGCACACACACUCUCUGUGAGUUUCCUUCUCAUGGGUCACCAGCCAUCUUUUGUGUCAAACACUUACAUUCACACUGGUGAAUCCACUCAUUUUGCAUCGUUAAAGGAAAGGGACUCGCAGUUCAAUCGAUAUUUACAAUGAUUAUAAUUGACCGGUGGCAUUUGUAAAUCUGGCUGAGCAGGGUGAGGUCUGCCUCCAGGACUAGAAAGGCUUACAUCUGCUACCUUGAAGGGAAGCCAACUGGUGCCUGCUUUUAAAAGCAAUAAAGACUUAAUUGUGAUCACAAUCAAGCUGCAUUCUGCAUGUUUCUGCACUCUAUGGCUUUUUUAAUAUGAACAGUACCUCUAAUCCCCUCUGCUUGCAGUUCAGUUAAAGCAUUGUUUGUUUAUGCUGUUAUGCUUGUUGCUAGGCAGUUGGUAUUAGUCGGCUUGGCAGUAGCAGUAUCUUUAGUAUCUUUAUUUAUUUCAGUAGCCCUUGCAGCUUAAGUGUCAAAUCGUGAGUUUUAUUGUACCAAGUGUGACCAGAAAUACAAUCCCAUAAAAAUAGGUUCAAUGAUCAUUUUCUUUACUAGCUUUACUAGAACAUAUCAUUUUGUGAAUUCAUGAAGAUUUUAUGCAUUUUAAAAGCGUUUCCAUUUUUGAAUGGAAAGAGCAAUGGCUAUUUUUAUUUGCCGGGGUGACUAUACACAAAUAAACUUGGGCGCAACUUUUCUGCUUGUGUUGGUAACUUGCACAAUUACACGGAGUGAUUAAAGAGUGGAAAAUGUCAAGCUGCCACUGAUCCUUAAUCAUCCGUGCUCUAGACCUGUGGAUGAUCUCCCUGGACUAGCGUAUAGCUAUGUAAGCAAUCAAUUAUUAUAUAUUUUCUAUAAUAAUAAUGUAUUGCAUUUUUAUAGCUGUAUGUAGCCCCUGUAGAAUACUGAAAUUGUAAUAUUGUAAAAUGUGCAUUUCAUUAUAUGAUUUUAUUGUAUACUGUUCAUUAUGAGCUACAUACAAGCUAUGAAACAUAGUGCUUGCUGUGUGCAUCAGUGUUGCAUGCUUUGUACUAUGUUUGUCAUAACUUGCCUCAACAUUAUUGCAAAACUUGCAAAAGUAAAAGUGCACUAGGUUCAAUGUC